ACCAUUUGGCUUAUUAGUUCUAUUCAGUCGUCUACGAUAUUUCAGGGGACGCCACAAUACUGGGUUGCCGACGUAUACAGAUCGAAGGAAUUUCCAAUCUUUGUUUUGUCAAGAAAGCUAUACAUUAAAAUCUUUGUAAUAACCGUUGAGCCGGAUUACAAUCUCCUGGAUGAACGCAAAUUUUGAAUCGGAUUUGCUCUCGAGGUAUACAUUCCCUGGACAAUUCCGAGUCGGGAGACGCCCCGUUCCGACCAAUCUCGACUAUAAUCUCGAUAAAGGAGCGACAAAUUUCGCACAAGUACGGAAUAAAAAAGGAUUUGGAAUCUAAAUCCCGUUCGAAUAAAAUGUCUAAACUCCAUCUGUCCCCUGAGAAAGCAUGCAUUGUCAUAUCUUUCAUUUGGACGCGAAUGCGCGCACGCGCGCGCGCAGGCAGUCCGUUGUUGCGUUGGAGGGAAACGCCGCGCACUUUUUGUCCAUGAGUGUACGCGCGUUUUGACGGGACGUUUGGUGACCCUGGGGGUUUUGAAUCGCGAUUGCGUCUCUCUCCGGCAUGCCGCGACGUGACGAGGAUCGCCGUUGACGUCCCGAUGCGACGCGGUUGAGGGGAAGAGCCCGGGAAGCACGCGCGGUUCCUUCGUCGGAAAAGGACGAAAGUUUGUGGCAAGGUCGAUAAGAUGCGUCGCGCCGAACGCGUCGCCGUCAGCCCGUGAGUCGUACGACGCUCGCAGUUUCGAUCUUAACCUUCCGCGCCCUCGGCUGCCCGUGGAAGCCGUUCACAGCCCCGAUUUCGAAUUCCCUUGUCCCGCGAUCUACCCGCGGGGUGGACCUUCGUCGUCGCCAUCGUCGUCGUCGUCGUCUUCCUUCCACGUUUCGCAACGGAGAUCGGAGCCAUGUCCGACAAGCUGGCCGAGUCCGUGGAGGACGAUAGCUCCGUCACGAUGCUCGACGUUCUCCAAGUGGAAAAUCAGCUCGAGGAGGACGCAUACGCCGUUCUGGGCGCGUCCGACGACCAGAAUUGUACUUACAGCAAGGGAUACAUAAGACAGGCGUUGUACGCGUGCAAGACGUGCUGCUCAAACAAGGUCCAAGCUGCCGUGUGCUUAGCGUGCAGCUUUCACUGUCACGAGGGUCACGAACUUGUGGAGCUGUAUACGAAGCGGCACUUCAGGUGCGACUGUGGAAAUACCAAGUUUGAUGGCAAGCAGUGCAAUCUAGAGAAGCUCAAGUCCGCUACCAAUACCGAAAAUAAAUACAAUCAGAACUUUGAUGGGGUUUAUUGUACCUGUGCGAGACCUUAUCCCGAUCCGGAAGGCGAUGAAGAUGAUAUGCUGCAGUGUGUAAUAUGUGAGGAUUGGUAUCAUUUGAAGCAUCUAGAUUGCGGCAACAACGCGCCAGCAGAUAACGCGUACGAUGAAAUGAUCUGCACAGGCUGUAUGAGAGAGCACAACUUUCUGUGGAAAUAUGCGACGAAAUAUGCAGCAGUCCCAAAGAAAGCCGAUGCAAAAGCGGAUGUAGCUGAGAAAAACGAGGAGGUAGAUGUCAGUGAGUUGCCAAAAGGAUGUCAAAUGCCAAAACAUAGCUGUGCCGAUGCUAAGGGAAGCUGUUUUUGGAUAGAGGGUUGGAGAACCGCGUUGUGUACUUGCGACGAGUGCAAAUCGUUGUAUAGUGCAAAAGACGUUGCAUUUCUGCUCGACCCAAAAGACAGCGUACAAGCGUAUGAGGAAGCGGGCAAAAUGAACAAACAGGAAUCUCAAUAUGAGAAAGGCAUGAAGGCUCUUGCCAGCAUGGGGCACGUACAAAAGUUAACAGCGAUUGAAGAAUACAACAAUAUGAAGGAACGGCUCAUGCAAUAUUUACAGAAGUUUGCUGAAAACAAGAAGGUCGUACGUGAAGAAGAUAUUAAAGAAUUCUUUUCAGAAAUGGAAUCCAAGAAACGUCCUAAAGUGACAGUGCCAACAUAUUGUCGUUGAAAACCUGUACUUUACCCCCAUAGCUAAUAAUGAUCCAAAUAAAAAUAAGCGUUUUAUUAUGUUUUUACCGCAAGUUAUCGUAUAUCAUGAUUUUUAACGUUUGUAUGUUUAGUGUUUAGAAAAUUGAACGGUACAUGUCACUGUAUCGGAGAGCCUUUUAAUAACAAUUUUCGUAUAUAGUUACAGGAGAAGGUGAAAAGAAAUGUAAAGAGAACGUAAAAUUUGCAGAGUAUAUACAUAUAUAUAAAUAUGUCAAGGAAGAGUAUUAGAGAAAAGAAAGAUUCGCGAUUUCUUUGCAUGUAUAUCAUUUAAUCCCUAAUUCGAUUUAAUUACGAAUAAAUCUUUUAUUGAAAAAUUAUAACGACCAGAGUCAA